GACUACCUGCUGUGGAACCGUCUUGGGGCCACGUUGGCGAACGGGGACCGCAGCGAGGAGGCGGUGGAGGCCUACGGCAGAGCCCUGGAGCUGCAGCCCGGAUUUAUCCGGUCUAGAUACAACCUGGGCAUCAGCUGCAUCAACCUUGGGGCCCACAGGGAGGCGGUCAGUAACUUCCUGGCGGCUCUGAACCAGCAGCGGCGGAGUCAGCGCUGCAGCCACCAGCAGAUGUCGGCCAACAUCUGGGCCGCCCUCCGCAUCGCUGUCUCCAUGCUGGACCGGCCCGAGCUGGUCCAGGCCGCCAGCACCGGAGACCUGGACCUGCUGAUGCGGUCCUUCGACGUGGGCGAGGUCUGACGCCCGGAGGUUCGGGUGCAGCGCGGCGGCGUCUACAUGGGAACGAUGGAGACCCGCUGGAUGUGGACUUGUUGGGUUUGUAACCAAGAAUGUUACUGUCCAAUCAGAAAAGAGGGCAGAUCUUAGUCGCCCAUGCGUCACUUUGUGACAAGUAGCCUCCGAGAUGCU